CCUGCCCGGGUCCUCCUCCUGCAGUUAUCAGUUUCCGGUCCACAGCGAGGUUCCUCAGUCGACGCUCGCAGUCAUGCCUCUUGCAAAAGAUCUGUUGCACCCCAGUCCAGAGGAAGAGAAGAGGUGUCACAAGAAAAAGCGUCUUGUACAGAGUCCCAACUCCUAUUUUAUGGACGUCAAAUGCCCAGGUUGCUACAAGAUCACCACAGUGUUCAGCCACGCUCAGACUGUAGUGCUUUGUGUUGGCUGCUCCACGGUCCUGUGUCAGCCGACAGGAGGGAAAGCUCGUCUCACAGAAGGAUGCUCCUUCAGGAGGAAACAGCACUAGUUUGACCAGACCUGGCUGCACAGAUGAGAUGUACAACUUUGUGGACAUUAAGUCACACUGCCAAAGAUGUGAUGCAGGAAAGAGAAACCGGAAGAUGGGAAUAAAUAAUGCAGAAGUGGUUGAUCUAUAGAAUAUGCUUAGAUAUGUCUGGCUUGCUAAGACCCCACCAACACCUCGUAUCUUUUAAUAUUUCGAGCUAAAUGAACUUGGGGCACUUUCAAUGAACUGGUCUUAAAUGUUUAUCUAGUUUUUUGCUCUUUAACUCAAGUGUUCUUGUAUCUCACUUGUUGCAAAAAUAAUUAAGCUUACAACCUCUUUAUCAUGGGUGAUAUGUUUGAUUUGUAGGUAAACAUCCAGGUUUUCUGUGGCAGGUUUUUUAGGAUUACACCCUUCAAUGAUGAGGCCACACUUGUGCCAAAGAUGAGGCGUAGCCACUCGGCAUAAAAGAUUUAUGCAAUCUGUACAAUUUUUACCACCAAAUUAGUUGCAGGACAGGGGACGUGUUGUGGUUAAAAGUGCGAAUUAAAUCUAAGUUUAAUGACUGUUGCUGCAUUUUUAUUACUGAAAAAGCAACUCUGGUUAACUAGUAUCUUCCAGGUCAGUUCCAGAGUACAGCUUUGAGAGGUGUUGGUACAAACUCCCCCCAGUCUGACUGAGGCUUGUUUCAGGGAAAGUCAUCAGUGCCUCUGCUGCUAAAGCAAAGUACAUAUGGGUGCAACAUUGCAUGCUAAUGAAGUGUGUUGUGGAUCUGCGCCCACUUGCAAGCUUCCUGUAAAUAACAGUGAAUACUUGUGAAGUUGGAAAAAAAAAGGACUGUCGACAGGAAAUGUAGGAAUAGCAGGAGGAAUUUGAAUAAUUGAAGUUUCUAUGAUGUAAUGUCACUUAACACCUUUUGUUUGAGCUUGCAGGCAUGUAGGCCAUCUGUUACCACUGUUCUAUGCGACGGGUGUACACAUAAUUUAAUCAGAUUUGGGGAAAUGAUGCAACAGUUUUAUUGUUGCUAUGGUUCCAUAUCGUCUCGCUUGUAUAUGGGAAACAACUUAAUAAAAUUAUGGAACUGAAA